GGCUUUAAGGUGAAAGCGGGCAAAAACCAUUAUGAUAUUCGGAAUCAGCAUGUUCGACUACCCUUUGUCAACUAAGUUUCAGCUCAAAAGCGAGGGAUCAGUCGGUGGCCUCCUCUCGUUAAUCUUAUGAUGACGAGAUUAGAGCUGUUACUGGAUAAUAACAUUUAGUAAUUUUGUAGGUCUAGCAACGGUGACCGGUAGUCCAUGUGAAACGGUGAUUUUAGGUCGAUUCAACAAUCCCGAUGUUAAAAAUGUGAAUUAUGAUAAAUUAUGGGGAAAAUUAUUACAUUCUCGUGAUAGAGGAUUUCUCAUGUGUGCUAUGUGUAGUAAUAAUUCAAUAGAUAAAGAAGAAUUUGAAAAUCUUGGUCUAUUAAAUAUCCAUGCUUACUCUUUACAAGAUAUUAAGGAAGCGAAUGGACAUCGACUAUUACGUUUAAGAAAUCCAUGGGGUGGCACUUAUCGAUGGCUAGGUGAUUGGUCUGAUGAUUCGCCAUUAUGGUUGACUAAUCCAGAAUUACGAUCUGAACUAUUGCGUGAAAAACGCAGUAAAAAAGAUGGUGUAUUUUGGAUGCCAUUUUCAUCGUUUAUCAAGUAUUUUGAAUGUGUUGAUAUAUGUAAACUGAGACCAGACUGGUACGAAGUAAGAGAUAGUGCUAAUUUUUAUCCAGAAAUAUCAACAAUAAAGAAUCAAAAACAACAUCAAAAAGGCUCAUCAUCACCUACAGUAUCCGAACACAGUGAACCGAUAAAAGCCACACCCUCGAUAACAACAAAUAAAAAACUUAUGCAAGCUUAUUAUUUAACAUUAACAAAUAUCACAGAAUUAGACAUCACGUUAUAUCGUAAAAUAAGUAAAAAUUUACGUAUUCAACGGAGCGAAGUGAGUUUAUGUGUGGCUAUUGUUAGUAUGGAACAAACGCCUGUUUAUCGAAUUUAUUCCAUACCAAUUAUUAGUAAUAGAGGACAACAUAAAUUUGUUUCAACAGAUGGAUAUUUAGAACCUGGUACAUAUGUAAUAUUACCACUAUUAUUCAAUCCAGAUAAUAAACAAUUAGAUACCACUGAAUUUACGAUUGCUGUUCAUAGUUCUCGUUCAAUUGAUUUAAAACGUAUUAGCUUACCUAUUCGAAUUCAUCGUGAAUUUUUGAUUAAACUUUGUUUAUUCUUUGGCGAACAAGUUACUACCAGUAAUUCAAAACAUUUGCCCAAAAACCAACAACAGCAAGAAGAUGGUAUAACUAUUUAUGAACUAAAAAAGUUUUGGGAUGGUCUCGUGUUACUGGUUGAGAAUAAACGGCAGACAAAAUACGUGCAUUUUCAUUUCCGAUGUACAUUAACACAAAAUGCACUUAUAUCUCGACAAGAGAAUCAUGAGCUGUACGAUUCAAUACCGCCAUUACAUCGUCAGAUAAUUGUGACUAUUUCUCGGAAAAAUGCCUCUCAUUCAUUCACUAUAGGUCACGAUUUCCAGUAUAUACUAUCCAAUGAUAGUCAUAUUAAACAUUCACAAAAUGGGAAAAAAUAUGAUCAUUAUCCGAGAAUAAAUAUGGACAAUGAUGAAGAUAUACACGUUCCACAACAAAUAUCAGCCAGAGGAAUUCAACAUGAUUAA